UCAUUCCCCCCUAUAAAGGCACCAAAUCUCGCUGAAAACUGAGCUUAGAGCAGCUAACCAUGGAGGGACUCCCUUCCGGUUACCGGCCGAAUGUUGGAGUUUGCCUCAUCAACUCCGACGAUCAGGUUUUUGUGGCUUCCAGAUUGAAUGUUCCAGGUGCAUGGCAGAUGCCUCAGGGGGGUAUUGAAGAUGGUGAAGAACCCAAGUCUGCAGCCAUGAGGGAAUUGAGAGAAGAAACUGGAAUAGUGUCUGCCGAAAUUAUUGCUGAGGUCCCAAAUUGGUUGACGUAUGACUUCCCUCCUGCUGUGAAGGCCAAAGUCAAUCGCCUGUGGCGAGGUGAAUGGCAUGGUCAGGCGCAGAAGUGGUUCCUUAUGAGAUUAACAAAAGACGACAGUGAAGUCAACUUAGCGAGUGGUGAAGCAGAACCAGAAUUCUCAGAGUGGAAAUGGUCAAACCCUGAAGAAGUUAUUGAGCAGGCAGUGGACUACAAGAGGCCGACAUAUGAGGAAGUGAUGAAAACCUUCAGACCUUACUUCAGUGGGAAUGCAAACUCUGCCAAAUGUAGAUCAGCAAAAUGGUGAAUGCAGUGGGUGUGGGAGGUUUUGCAGCUCUGCAACUUCAUCUCUCACUCUAUUCGUUUAACUUGGGACUCAAACUUUGUUGGCUGUAAAAAUGGAUGUGGCAGGUAGACUUCGUAUUUAGAUGGUUGGAUAAUUGUAAUAAAAUGUUUAUGCAAAAACUCACUAUGUUUUCAUGAUAUCGCUUAGAAGGAUGAUUGCAACCUAAUGAACAGAAAAUGUUAAAAAAAAAAAAAAAAAAGAAAGAAAGAAAGGGAAGUUUAGUGAGGUUGGGAUAUGUUGCAGUUAUGCCUGUCUACCUUUGUAUAUAUGUUAUGUUAUUGAUUAACUUUUAUCCCAUAAGAUGGACAAAACCAUGGUCUGGAUCAAUCCCCUAUGGAAGUGUUUGGAUACCUUCACGUUCCCCGUGUGAGGCAACCGAACAAUGAUUUAUUACCUCCCUUUUUCCCCUGGUGCUGUUCGGUUUCUCCGUGUGAUUAUUCUGAGAAGUUCUAGACCUUUAAUGAAUUACAAUCCAACUUUUCUUCUGA